UCCUUCACUCACUUCUUUUUUUCCUCUCCAUGAAAUCCUGCAAUAUGUUUUCCAAUUAGCGCGGACAUAUCUGCGUGUGUGAGCUCCACCGCGACGUCUUGACUUUAUUUGCGUUUGCCAUGAUUCUUCGGCAGCGGAGCGCUGCGAGGCUUUUCUGCUGAUGCUGCAGCUUCUCUGCACCAGACUCACAGAUUGAUCCUAGAUUUUUUUUUUUUCUUCUUCUUCUUCUUCUUCCACCCGCGCUGCUUCUGUUCGCUCCAAUAUGUUUUUACCGAAGUGUCCGGCAGGUCGGCUCCUCGGGGCUGGUGCGUCCUCCCGCCGCCUCCUGAUCGGCGCCGCACUGCAAGCCAACACCAAGAGGAUACGGAUGUUGAGCAAGACAACAUAGUCUAUUAAUAUUUCAGAGCUUCUGCCAAGCGAGAUCCGUAUUAAAGCUUAGUUGUGGCCGGAAAAGCUGAGGACCUUCCUUCCGUCUGGCCGGCACAGGUGACGGAUGAAGCUCAGCUGAGAGGACGAUGUUCAGCUCGGAGCUGAUGAAGAUGAUGGAGCAGGAGGUUCGGCCUCAGUAGGAGACUCCUCAGUCCCAUCUGCUGCACCUCAUCCUGCACCAUUUCCUCUUCCUGUCUUCCACCCGCCAGGAAGGAUGACCGUGGUGUCGACUGAUAAUAUGGAUGAGACCUCCACCCUGCCGGGUCACCUGCAGGACCUGUACCCGCCGGACGACGACCACGACGACCAUGACUGCUGCGAGCGGGUGGUCAUCAACAUCUCCGGGCUGCGCUUUGAGACGCAGCUCAAGACCCUCGCCCAGUUCCCAGACACCCUUCUGGGGAACCCCAAGAAGAGGAUGCGCUACUUUGACCCCUUACGCAACGAGUACUUCUUUGACCGCAAUCGACCCAGUUUCGAUGCCAUAUUGUAUUACUAUCAGUCGGGGGGCCGGCUGAGGAGACCGGUCAACGUGCCACUGGAUAUGUUCUCGGAGGAGAUCAAGUUUUACGAACUGGGAGCAGAGGCCAUGGAAAAAUUUAGGGAGGACGAGGGGUUCAUCCGCGAGGAGGAGAGGCCUCUGCCGGAGAAGGAGUUCCAGCGGCAGAUCUGGCUCCUCUUUGAACACCCGGAAAGCUCUGGUCCUGCUCGGGGGAUCGCUAUCGUCUCCGUCAUGGUCAUUCUUAUUUCAAUCGUCAUCUUUUGUUUGGAGACACUUCCGGAGCUCAAGGAGGACCCCAACGACCACCUGCGGGUGGUGGGCAAUGCCACAGUGUAUUAUAAGUCCAACGUUCUUACAGACCCCUUCUUCGUAGUGGAGACUCUCUGCAUCAUCUGGUUUUCCUUUGAGUUGAUCGUCCGUUUUUUCGCCUGCCCCAGCAAGGCAGCGUUCUUUAAAAACAUGAUGAACACCAUCGAUAUCGUCGCAAUCAUCCCUUACUUUAUCACGCUGGGAACCGAACUGGCUGACGACCAGGAGAACAAGGAGGGGAAAGGAGGCGGAGAACAGGCCACAUCGCUGGCUAUUCUCAGGGUCAUCCGUCUGGUCAGGGUGUUUAGGAUCUUCAAGUUGUCUCGACACUCAAAGGGGCUGCAGAUUUUGGGACAAACUCUAAAGGCCAGCAUGCGGGAGCUGGGCUUGCUUAUUUUCUUCCUCUUUAUCGGCGUGAUAUUGUUCUCCAGCGCCGUGUACUUUGCCGAAGCUGAAGAGAAGGAGUCUUUCUUCACGAGCAUCCCCGACGCUUUCUGGUGGGCGGUUGUUUCAAUGACAACAGUCGGUUAUGGGGAUAUGUAUCCUGUGACCAUCGGAGGGAAGAUCGUGGGAUCUCUGUGCGCCAUCGCCGGCGUGCUGACCAUUGCCUUGCCUGUCCCUGUCAUCGUCUCCAACUUCAACUACUUCUACCACCGAGAGACAGAGGGCGAGGAGCAGGCCCAACUACUCAACGUCAGCAACCAGAAUCUGGCGUCCGACACCAACUCCAGCCGCCGCAGCUCUUCCGUGGUCAGCAAGUCGGAGUACAUGGAGAUCGACGAGGACAUGAAAAACAGCAUCGAUAACUUCAGGGAGGCCAACCUGAGAACUGCCAACUGCACGGCGCCGAGCCAGAACUGUGUGAACAAGACCAAGUUGCUCACUGACGUGUGAGCGCCUCCAACGGUGUACAUAUUGUAGAAUUCACUGGAUGCUUUAUCUUCAUUGGUGCAAUUACCCCUCCCCCCUCUCUUUUUACUACCUUUUUUGCAUUAGAACAUUUCUGCGGUUUUUAAUUGGCAAUAUUAGAAAACGAGAGCUGGUGCCGCAUUUCACGAGUUUGCCACUAAUCUUAUGUAUUUGUACCUUCAAGCCAGACAUUGUUGAGAAAAGUCAUGUUUGAAGGCGACACCUAGCAUCCUUAGUCUACGGUACCACUCCUGGGUUAAUACACCUUCAGCUGCUAAAAGACGACAGAACUCAAAACUCAUAAGGUCCCUCCCAAUACAUUCACCACAUUUGAAGUUCUGUUUCUAAUACUCAAUUUGGAUAAUACGCAUUUGAUGACUGUCAUAGUCACGACCCACAAAUAUGCUACGUAGUAAUGCUAAAUUAUUAUCAUAAAUUAUGUUCAAAUGAGGCUUUAGAAAUGACCUUUUUAUUGUGGACCAAAUCAGAGAUUAUGAAUGGGACUUCCUUUUAACUGAAACACACCAUAAUUGUGUUAUAAAAUUCAUUUUGUUGGCCCUUUAAUUUGAUGUCCCACUUUAUUUGCCAGAAAUGCCAUCAGUGAAAAGUACAAAUUUAGCAAAACAAUCCAAAAUGUACUUACAGUGACAGGUGUGUUUAAAGUGGAGACUAUAAAACAAGGGAUUUGCAACGCUACAUUUUAAAAACUUGAAUCCAGAAGGAAGAGUGGAACCUGCCGGACUUUGCACAACAUUCAGGAUUUCUUUGGAGUUUUUUCGAAAGCCUGACUGAGAUUGACACACAAGGACGACACAGGAGGAUCUUUUCUGUGGAUUACUAUCAUUUUUCUUUUUAAAAUAUAUAUAUGAAACACAUCUGAGGAAGUAAAACACACCACCAGUGUUAUCGGGCGGACAUUCUUCCCAUCAGAAACAAAUGGAGGUCUCAUGAUGGAGGAUGAUCUGCAGUGCAGUUGGGCCACAGGUUCCCUGUGUGAUGCCAUGCAAAGCUCCUUUAUAUAAAAGCAUGCGGAGACUCGUCUUAUAUCAGCAUGCAACAAGAUGUUACCUCAUUUUUCUUUCUCCAUCUUCCUCUCCGCUCUUUGUUUUUCACCAAAAGUGCACUGGCUAUUUAUUUAAGUUCUUUUCCAGCAUUUUCAGUGUUGAAUGUUACAAAAAGGGAAACCGGAACACUGCUUUUUUUCGGCGAUCAUGGCAUGUUACGCGUACUAAAAAGCAUUAUGGCCCAACUAGCUGAGGUGACAUAUACUCAAUGCAUGACGUCAGUAUUAAAUUGCUUGCGGUUGUGGAGGGACCUCAGAAGCUGGAGGAGGACGAUGAUUCUCCACGUUGUCAACCUCACGACGGAUGUGGUGCAUGACAGAGAAUAAAUGCCCGAGGGUGAAACGCUGCUAGAAAAAAAAAAAUAUCACUGGAGACAUCUGACCGUCUCUUUAAAAAAAGACAUUUCAGGAGUUCUUCAUGUAUUUAAAUCUUUGAGAACUGAGUGCAUGGGAUCAUUUUACGUGACUUGUGACCCCCUCCCCGUCUAUUUUUAUUGAAUCACUUAGCUAGCAUUUGACAUUUACAAGAGCGAAGAAGAAAACGCAGUCAUAUUUAUCAAAUAGAGUAGAUUAUAUCUAAAAUGAGUUUCUAGUGCCUUGAAGCCCGUCUCAUUUCAGAAUUGACGAAAGUGCCUCCCGAUACUUCAGCUUCCUGUCUCCUGCCAUACAGAUGCAACAUCUGCACAUCUGCAGCACCAAAGGGUUAACGUGUUGUUGAGAAAUUCACAUUCCGGGGCGAUGACGCGGGAUGGUGACACACACUUGGGAUUCGCAGCGGAAGUGACACACCACGGAUUACAACUGCAAUUUGUCAAUCUGGUUAACAGUUCUGCCCAUUUGUUGCUGAAAAACCUUGCUGUAGACUGUGUGUGUUUGCCUGCAGGGGGAGUGAUUUUGGUCAUUAGAGGAAUCUAACCGCAAAUGUUUAGUCCCACACGCUGCAAACAAAGUGAUUCAUUAUUCAGCUGCAUGGAAAACAACGUUGUAAAAUUAAUCAACACACUCGUGUAGUUUCAAGAACACAAACAUUAUUCAGGAUGACGUGCAUAUUCGCUAAAUUUCAUUCAGUAAACACACAUUUAAAAAAAUAAAAUAAAAUAAAAGCGCAAACCCAUAAAGUUGUCUAGAAUCUAGUAGCAACUGAAGAAUCGCUCUGGACUGAACAUAGCUGUUUUAUUGCUGUGUAUCGAAGGGUGCUGACAGAGUAGAUCCCUUCAUUCCAAUCCUUAAAAAAUGCAGGCACGAAAAAUAAUAGAGUAUCACUAAUAUCACGCUGAUUUUAUUUUACUUAGUUUGGCAAAAGUUCAUAUUUAAACGUUCAAAUGAGCCGUUUAAAAAUUUGGAGCUACUUUAUAUCCAGAUAAAAGGACGGGUGAAGAUGGAAAGUAUGACAUUAGACAUUAAAGCAUACCAUAAAGUAUAUAUAUCAUAUAUUUAUACGACUAUCCUGUCAACAGCAGAGAUAAUAUGAGUAGCGCAACCUCACUGCCAUAUUCUUAUAUUUAUGGGUAGUUUGCAGAUUCUGUUUCUGCUGUAGUUGCAGAAAUUGCUGCCAUUUUCUGCUGCACGGACCAAAAUAAACCCAAGCUUGGCCUCACUGCCCAUAUUAAUAUCACUGUCACAAAAAUAAUUACUGUACAACAGUAACAGUCACAGUUAUGCUAAGAAAUAAUAAAAAAUCUAUAUAUUUAUAUUACUGUGUAUUAAAUACUUUGAUAGAUUGUACUGUGAUCAGACCCUACACAUUUUUAUCAAAAAGUUUUUUUUAGAUGUAGAGGCUUAAGGAGUCUUGACAUUUGUCGCAACAAAAGCUUCCAUUAUUGUUUGUCUUUAUCUUUACUUUUAUGUCAUGCAAAAUGAGGUGGGAUUUGUUCCACUGCUGCCAAACCACUUGUGUGUCAUCGUCUUGGACGGUGAAGAGCUCAUAGUCAUGCAUGUGAAGAGAGAAUCCCUUUAACCAACCUUCCCGCCUGGUCAACAUACAAAAGCUCGCCACAAAUGGUGCUCUGUGUUGUGGUCAGUGAGAGGACGUAACUAGACUUCUUUUGUAUCAAACUCUCUUUUUUUAUUAUUUUUUUUUGAUUAGAAGCCACUACACGUGUGGGUGUUUGAUGAAGGACCAAAUAUGUUUCGUCAGAGCAGCUCAAUAGAUCAAAGAUACACAAACUGAUAGGAUUCUCCAGUAGAGGUUUCUGUUUGUCACGUUGUUCAGGAUGGUGUCUUUUAGCUUCCAACUGCCAUGCAACAAGUCACAAAACUCUCCCAUUUUUGACACAGUGAAGCAUGUGUCCAAUAACUUGUCCAUCCCACUGAAGAAUAUACGACUCGGUCUGCUUCAAAACAGCUGCUGUGUGAUGUCACCACAGCAGGCAUGAAGAGUGUUUAGCACUUGAAAAGACCUGACUUCCUCGGCCUUCUGGCUUCACAAGGAGAAGUCAUUCAAGAGAGACGGCAACAUGUUUGUUCCAAGCAGAUUUAUGAUAAUGUACUGUACAAAACUAAGUGUUGCCUUCUGAGGCAAACUGAACACUGCUUUACAGCCGUUUGUCUGUAAUUUAUGGUCUGAAAAUGAAAAUACACUGUAACCAUGACAAUUCUUUCACAGUGCCACUAGAGAGGCACUUCAGUUGAAGAUGCAGGUUACGUUAAAGUAGUAAAUGGGAUCUAAACUCUGUUGCUCCCAUGUAGACAAACAUUAGAUUUAAAUACUUUAAAAAAAAAUAGGUUUCGACCAGUGUAAUAUAAAAACCACGAUUGACUGUGAAACUUGAAUUUAUUCAAGUUGGAUCAGCGCUUGUAAAGCAGAGUCCAUGGUUCUCAGAUGGAAGACUGGACAUGGGUUCUCCCUGGCUGGAGGACAUCAAGUGUCUUGGGGUGCUUGCGAGUGAGGGAGGAUGAUGGGGCUGUUGAGGCUAGCUCAGGAAUGAGGACGGUGUAUCAGACUGCUUCCAUGGGGUGGACCAGAGAAACAGGGAGGAGGCCCAGGUGCAGCCCCAGGACAGACAAUGUCUUUCAGUAUUAACCUCAGGUGAGCUGGUGUAGAGGAAUGACGGCUGAGAAGACUGCUGCCCCGCCGACUCAACAUUGGGUAGUGAAAGAAACUCUAUAGCCUGGAAGAGAGAAAAAAAAACUUGAAAUCAGUCUUUUAUUAUCUUCUCAAUCUUUAUUUACGACAAAACAGUGAUCUGUCAGUCAAAAGCCAUUUUUUGACACAUUGACUGGCAGAGUGGGUCAAACACAAUGAAACACCGGGCAAGUGUCAUUAUUUGCCCUCCAGAUGGCUGCUGAGAUCCUCCCUAAACCAUUCAAGUCAUGGAACAUCACAGUACCGGGUCAGAAUUACUCCACCUCAGUGUUCUCCAUCUGUUGGUGAGGCAUCGUCUGUCACCUAUGCAACAUUGGUCGACGAUUUCUGUCCAUUCUGAUUUCAUCAUUUGACAAGUUUCAAUAAACUUACAACGCUUCAGA